AUGGAUGAGCCCUCAGAGAAGGUUCAGAACAAUACCCACCAAGCCACCGCCAAGGUUGAGCCUUCAGAGGAGGUUCAGAACAAUACCCACCAAGCCACCGCCAAGGAUGAGCCUUCAGAGAAGGUUCAGAACCUCAAGUCCCUCAACUCUCUGCUCCUCAAGGAGACCUUUGAUCGCAGGCAACAAGUUGAGUCUUUGAUGCAGGCCAAGGAGGGUUUGGAAUCUGAGUUGACUAGGUUUCGUGUGGAAAGUAAGUUGUUGGAGAGUGAGUUGACUGGGAAGAGUGAGGAAAAUGUUGGCUUGGAGUUGGAAAAGAGUGUUUUUUGUGUUUUUGUUCUGGCUCAGAUGGGUCAAAUGGUGAAAGAGCAGGUUGAGAUUGAGAGGGCGAAGAGCAAGAGAGAUACUGAGAUUGCUUUUUUGAAGAGGGAAAUGAAUGAGCUUAUGGGUAGCCUUGAAAAUGAGAAGGUAAAGCUGAACCGAGUGUGCUGGGAAAGGGAUGUGGUGAAGAGUGAUUUUGAUGGUCUUGCUGAGGAGGCGAAUGGGUUGAGGUUGAAAGUGGUAGAAAUGGAGAAAAAAGAGAGAUUUACUGAGGACGAAGUUGAGAAGCUCAAAAUCCAUGUCAGGGAAAGAGCGGUUGAGGUAGUCAUCAGAGAAAAGGAUUUGGCUCAGAGGAAGCAUGCUGAGUCGGAAAGAGUAACUGAGGGUUUGAAGAAGGAGAUUGAAGGGAUUGUCAGAGAAAAGAAUGAGAUCGAGAAGGAAAAACAUGGGCAAGAAGUGAGACUUUGUCGAUUGGAAAAUGAAGUGGAGCAUUUGAGUAAGGUUGAAUUGAAUUUGAGGAAAGAGAAGGAACUGUUGCACAUUAAGGUUUUGGAGUUGGAGAAGAGUAUUAAUGAGGCUAUGGGGAAGGAAGAGGAGAGGGAGAGGGACAUUAAGGCAUUAGUGGAAGAGAAGAGGGAGAAGGAGCACAGUAUUGAGAGGUUAAAUGAGGAAGUGAAAUCACACAAGGCACUUUUAGAUGUGGUUACUGAGAAUUGA